GCUCUGACGCCUCAACGCGCCGACCAAACUCCCUCCAGCUCCACCUUAUUGCCAAUAAAAUCAUGGCUUGGAGAUAGAGCCGCGGGUGAGCGAGAUCGAUCGUGCUACCUGGUUAUCUCCGUCUUCCUGUUCUGCAUGCCAGCAAAAUGCUGUUCUGUUUACAGAGGGGAGCAAUGAACACCUGUGGUGUAGUGCCAUAAGCUGCUUAUCCAGAAUCGAUCUAUGCGCGUCACUCCGGCGAGCUCAAGAUUCGUGGCUGCAGUGUCAGCAUGACAGAGGAGGCGUGUAGCAGUACCACAGGUGGAGCCAUGGAAGCAGGCCGGAAGCUAUAGCGAUGAAGGCUGAGACUAGUGAUAUAUGCUAAGAGGACCGUUACUCUCAUAAAAACUGUUGGUGAUUCAUCUCAAGGCAUAUAAGAACAAUGGCUGAAAUGGAAGAUGCUCUGAGAUCCUGCAUGGAGCAGCUGCUCAUUGCGAGAGAGGAGCGGGAGCAAAUCAUCCUGGAAGCAGCCAGUGAGAUAUCCUCCCAGCAAAAGAAAGUGUGGGAUCUGCAGCAUGGUCUCGAGGUUGCAAACAAGAAGGCCGAGAAGCUGGCCACCGAAAAUAACAACCUCUGCAAGGCCAUCGACGCCAAGGACAAGCUGGCCAGGGAGCUCAGGGAGUCCAAGGCAGCCUUGGACGAGCAGCUCACCGGCGCGACGGCGAAGCUCGAGGCAGCGCGGAAGCAGAGCGCAUCGCUGCAUUACGAGGUGCGCAUGCUGCAGAAGGAGCUGGAGGUGAGGAGCCAGGAGCGGGAGUACGACCUCAAGUCCGUGGACGCCGCCCGCGUGCAGCACGCGGAGAGCUUGAAGAAGAUCGCGCAACUGGAAGCCGAGUGCCAGCGGCUGCGCGCCAUGGUCCGGAAGCGGCUCCCCGGUCCGGCAGCCCUGGCCAAGAUGAGAGACGAGGUCGAGCAGCAGCAGCCACCCAGCAGGGCCGGUGCUAGCCCGAGGAGGCAGCGUUCUGCGACGCCGCCGAUGUCGCCGCGAUCCGUGACGCCGAUGUCACGGCGCGCUCCUGAUCUGCCUGACCAGAGCCACGCCGUCAGGCUGCGCGCGAUCGAGGACGAGAACAACGCGCUGAAGCGGGUGCUGGCGACGAGGGACACGGAGCUGCAGUUCGCACGGAUGAAGUUCGCGGACGAGGCCUGCAAGCUCUCGGCAGUGCAGAGGCAGCUCAAGGAGCUGACUGAGGAGAGCAAGCGUCUGACCGAUGCAAAUGCAAAGACCGAGUCGUGGGCCUCUGCUUUGGUCUCUGAACUGGAUAACUUCAGGGCUGGGAAGCAGGGACAUGGAGCUUCAUCCGUCAUCGUGUCUGAGAUGAGCUUGCUUGAUGAUUUCGCUGAGAUUGAGAAGCUGGAGAUGGCAUCAGGUGAUCAUCAAACGUCCAGACAGAACAAGGCGGAUUCGGGAUCGGUUGUGUCAGAGAAGAACGACAAAUUUCCUGAUCAAAAUGGCGGUGUCACCAAAUUUCCUGAUCAAAAUGGUCAUCCUGAUUGGGUUCAGGAUGUUUGGGAACUCGUAAAACGAAAGCAGGAAGCAAGUGGAGAAAGCAUUGGCAUCAUUCUUGAGGAAAUCAGACGUGCAUUGGACCAGAGUCCUGAUCAUACCAAAGGAAAUACUUCUGAUGAACUGCAUGACCGGGCCAAGAUAGAAAAAAUGGUGAGCAAUCUUGCUGAAAAAAUAAAUGCCAUGAUCUGCUUUUCCGUGGAAGACAAUGCUGCAAAAUGUGGGCCGCCGUGGUUUCAUGACAAGCCUCAAUUCAUUGCUCGCCUCGAGUACCUGGUUCAUGUCUGUCACGAUGUGCUCCAUGAGAAGGCCAAGCUUGAAAUUUUCGUUGAUGAGGUUUGCCUGGUACUAGACUAUAUAGCGGGCCAGUACUUUUCAAGCCAAGUUGGACCGAAGGAUGAUAACAUAAAGAAUUCUGAUGGAGACGAGUCAUCAAGUACAGUAAACACAAAUGGUGAACAUGGAAUGCAGAGUGCAACAUCAGCAGCAGCACUAGACAUCCAAACAGAAGCACAUCAAGAACCAAUUCAAUUGGCAGGUCAGCUACCUGAAAAUAUCGAAGAGAGACAGCUUAAUGAAGAACUUGCUAUAGUGCUACAUAAGGAUUAUGGUAUGGAACCAGGGAGGAAGUCAUCAUACUAUAAGAUAGAAAGUCCCACUGACGAUGGAACAGAAAAUUUGGCACAAGAGGGAAAACAGCUAGCAACAAACUCAGAGAUAUCUGCAGCAGCUCACAAGCUUGCAGAGUGCCAGGAAACCAUCACAAAUCUGAGUAAACAGCUGCAUGCUCUCCAGACUCCCCCUAAUUCAGACAUUAUAGAUAUCUCAAUGUUCAGCCCGAGACCAAGCUCGGCUGACUACAAGCCCCAGUCACUUGGAAGCAUCCUUGCUGAUGAGGCCACUAGCACAGCUGAGGGUACCAUCCCUCCCACGCCAAAACAAGUGCACACCAAGAAGGAACAAUGCGAUCCUGACGUUGCAGCACUAAGGAGCAUGGCACAAGAGCAGGUUGUUGACGCCGACAGCGAGGCAUCGGCGCAAGCUGUUGUUCAGCCAGUGAUCUUGGAGCUGCACCGUGAUGAUACUCCAACUGAUCCUAAGAAGAAGAAGCGGGGUCCAAGCUUGCUGGGCAGGAUGAUCUUCAGGAAGAGAGUGGAAGGCAGCUCCUCCUAGACUGUUUUGACCUGGUGGUGAACACACUGGCUAGUACCACUAGCAUGCGACCAGCAGUUUGGAGCUCUGCGCUCCUGCUCCUAGGUUGCAUCCUUUUUGGCCACAUGUUCCAUUGCAGAGUCUGAACUCUGAAGACCGGUGUUGAGAAAGAUUCUGUCACAUUUGUGCAUCAUUUUGUUUAACAUGAACAUGUUUUGCCUUUGUGUAUUUAUGGAAUCCGUUGUUGUGUAAAUGUUUAUUUAAUGAAAUGUUUUUUUCAGACUGUA